UCUGAUUUUCCAUAUAAUUUACACCAUUGUUCAUAUUUUUGUACUUCAAAGUACUGACAUACCAUUUGCUCUGCAGAUGCUUAGCGUCUUAUUGGCAGGAGAUUCAGUGAUGGUUCAGUCCUGAUGGACAUGACGUUGUGGCCCUUCAAGGUCAUUGCUGGACCUGGUGAUAAGCCUAAGAUAGCUGUUCAGUACAUGAGCGAGGAGAAGGAGUUUUCUGCUGAAGAUAUCUCCUCCAUUGUCCUCAUCAAGAUGCGUGACAUUGCGGAAGCCUUCCUUGGCAGGACAAUCAGGAAUGCUGUUGUCAGUGUCCCUGCCUACUUCAACGACUCUCAGAGACAGGCCACCAAGGAAGCUGGAGGUUUGGCUGGUCUGAAUGUUAUGCGCAUCAUCAACGAGCCAACUGCUGCUGCUAUUGCAUAUGGUCUUGACAAGAAGGUCAUCAGCGUUGGUGAGAAGAAUGUUCUCAUCUUUGACCUUGGAGGUGGCACCUUUGAUGUCUCCCUUAUCACCCUUGAGGACCUCAUCUUUAAGGUCAAGUCCACUGCUGGUGAUACUCACCUUGGUGGCGAGGACUUCGACAACAGGAUGGUUGAUCACUUUGUUGAAGAAUUCAAGAGGAAGAACAAGAAGGAUAUAAGUGGUAACCCCAGGGCUCUCCGUAGGCUAAGGACAGCUUGUGAGCGGGCAAAGAGGACCCUCUCCUCAACUGCACAGACCACCGUUGAGAUUGAUUCAUUGUGUGAGGGCAUUAACUUCUACACCACCAUCACCCGUGCCAGGUUUGAGGAGUUGAACAUUGACCUCUUCAGGAAGUGCUUGGUACUUGUGGAGAAGUGUCUGAGGGAUGCUAAGGUGGACAAGAGCACUGUACAUGAUGUUGUCCUUGUUGGUGGCUCGACAAGGAUCCCAAAGGUUCAACAGUUGCUUCAGGAUUUCUUCAAUGGCAAGGAGCUGUGCAAGAACAUCAACCCUGAUGAAGCUGUUGCCUAUGGUGCAACUGUCCAGGCUGCCAUCUUGAGUGGCGAGGGCAAUGAGAAGGUCCAGGACCUCUUGCUACUGGAUGUCGCACCUUUUUCUCUCGGUAUGCAGACUGACGAAGGUGUCAUGACAGUGUUAAUUCCGAGAAACGCUACCAUCCCGGCAAAGAAGGAGCAGGUCUUUUUCACCAACAAAGGCCAGACCAAUGACAUCAUCAAGGUGUAUGAGGGUGAGGGCACCAGGGCCGACAACCUGUUGGUAAAGUGUGAGUUCUCUGGCAUCCCUCCUGCUCCCAAGGGUGAGUACAAGAUCACAGCCUGCUUUGACAUUGAUGCCAAUGGCAUCCUGAUUCUCAAUGUCUCAUUUGAGGAAACGACCACUGGGGAGAAGAGUCAGUUCACAAUGAAUAAGACUAUUGAGGACAGGCUGAUUUUCAAGGACAGGCCGUUCUUCCUGCAAGCACUUGAGCUCUUGAUUUUCAACUUGCGCAACACCAUCAAGGACGACAAGUUUGCCUCCAAGCUGUCUGCGGAUGAGAAGAAGGUGGCCGAGGACGCCAUCGACCAGGCCGUCCAUUGGCUGGACAACAACAAGCAAGCUACGGAUGAUGAGUACAGGAAGAAGAAGGAUGAGCUGGAAAUUGUGAGCUGCCCCAUCAUCAUUAAGUGUAUGUUCGAUUGAGCGCACACUACGCGUGCUUCUAGUAGUUACCUUGAUCCCUGUUCCAAGUUCUGAACGAUUAUGAGAAUACUUUAUGUGCUUUGCUAUUUGCUGCUGCUUGUAUAUAUUCCGUUGUGUUAAUUACAUCCAAGUACCUGCUGUUGUCCACCAUGAGCUCUGAUUUCGGGGCUGGUUGUCUGCUCAAAACUUGGUUGACUUCAUACAUGCAAAACGUACUACUUCCUCCGUCUCAAAAUAAGUGUCUCAAAUUUAUUAAAAAGUGGAUGUAUCUAGACAUAAAAUUAAAAAGUGGAUGUAUCUAGACUUGUUUAUGUUUAAAUACAUCCAAUUUUGGACAAAGUUAAGACUUAUUUUAUGACGGAGGAAGUAUUAUAUUUCUCAAGACUGUAUGUUAGGAAACGUGCACGAUUUCUGUACGAUACUCUCUUCACCUGGUGCUAGUCACGGUAGUUGCUUCGCCCAUAGUCCGGCCCAAACCGCAGUACUAGCGAACUCAGUCAAAGCCUGUCAACGACUCCACCUAUUCCCUCCACUCCCUUUCACGUCUGCAUCUUCCUGGUCGUUAGGAAAUGGUAGAAACCUACUUGAUUUGAACUGAUAAGCUUCGGCAUGGACGAUCCGACCAGCCUCCUUCCUGUUAAGAAG